AUGGGAAAACGCCAGUUCAGAGGCGCAGAAAAUGGGGACGGGCCGCGAAAAAGGCAACGCGUCGUCCACGAGGCUCCCACGUCUGAAGUCAUUCACACCAGUCGCCAAUUGAGGCAGCUCCUCGCCUUUGACCCAGACCUUGGGCGUUCGAGACAUGGACUCCAAUCGUUCAAGCUUCUUCUCGAUUCCCUACUCUCUCGCGAUGACAAGACCGACAGUGCUGAGAAACGCCAACAGCAUGAAGCACGCUUCACGAUAGUCAAGGAAUACCUACAGUCUACGAAACCGAUCGAGGACGACGAAAGCUCAACAUAUCUUCCGGAUAUCAUGCAAACAUGGAGCAAUGCUGGCCAAGUCAAUAACGAGAACCUCCUUUCCGCUGUACCGGUUGUCCUCGCACUGCUUCUAAAACUGCUGUCUCAAAGCCUUGAGCUUACGCCAAUCGGAUUGGGAAUUUGCAGGACCUUGUUGCAAAAACGUCAGCAAGAACUGAUCUCCCGCAGCUUGUCGGCCGACAAAGGAAAGGCUUUCAUUAUCUCGCCCACCCUGCGUAUGCUCAGGGAGGCGGUAUGCUUCGAUGGAGGUGCCAUUGCUCGGCCAAUGUUCCGCGCGAGAGUUUCGAUGCUCAAGUCAUUGGCACGGAACAUGGGGAUUGUUCACAUCGGAGAGGAGCCUGAGGACAUCAAGAAGCCCUCCCCACGCACCAAUGCUGUUCAACUUUUCCUGAGCGCUCUCAAAUACUUGCAUCCCGAAGCCAAGAAGGAGCUGCUUGCGCAGAGGGAUGUCGUUACUGCCCUCACGAGGGAUAUCAAGCAAGAUCUACCUUACCUGGUGCUGGAUAUUCUCAAUGGAUUGAGGGAUCACGUCUUACUUGACAACAAGGUUCCCCGGGAGGCCAAGUCCAAUUUUCUCAGUUCCACGACAUUGAUCAAAAUCUCGGGCUUAUACUACUACCGUCUAGCUAGCGAUGAUCUCCCAUCGAUAUCAGACGCCGCUCAUGACUUUCUAAUGACCGCAUGCACCAACCCAUCAUGUGGUGUUCUGAGACAGGAUAGCGGACUGUAUCCCAGAGAGGCGGAUCCAAACGCUGCUAUCCCCAGCGCCGACCUUGAAGAGCUUGGGCUGGAAGCUAUUGUAUGGAUGAACAAGUUCAAGACAGAAGUUCCCGUCCGCAACUUUGUUCUGUCAAACUUGCUCCAAAAUCUUCGCCCAUGGUCAAGCGUGAAGCAGAGCGAGCUGAUCACCGCGAUCUUCAAGGUUGCACCAGAGUUGAUCGCGGACUUUUUUAUCAAGAACAAAUCGUUUACCUUCGAGCCCAAGCUAUCUGCGACAUGGAUUGGAUAUGCAGCAUUCUUGUUCAACACAGUAGCACUGCCGCUGCCUGAGUACUUUUGCCGUGGGUCUGGCUAUGCCGAACUUCCUCCCCCGACAUCCAUCGUCAUGGAUAACAUCCUGCCUCUUCCCCUGAACCAGAAAGCACUCAGCCGCUGCUUAACGAAUAAGGCCAGGAUGAUCUCCUUCUUUGCGACCCGAAUUCUCAUCCUAGCGGUGCAGAAGCUUGACACGGCCGUUAAGAUGCACCAAGACCCAGCUCACAGCUCGAAAUUCCACAAUAACCAAGCGCUCUGGACGGAAGCAGCUCGCCGGUUAGUUGACGAGUUCUGCCAAAGGAGCCCAGGCAUCAAGGAGAUGAUCAAUUCGUACCGAUCUAUCCCAGAGGAUGAUAUUUUGCACCGCGAGGCUGCUAGUCAGCUGUUGCGCUUGUAUUACGAGGUCAUUCCGCAGGUCGCGCUCAUGGCCAAGUUCGACGUCUCCCCACUACUAGAGACAGCACUCAAGAGACUGUCCAAGCAGGAAAAGCAGAAGGAGGCUGCCUCAGAAGAGGAUGGUGAGAUUGAUCCUCGUGACUUUGCGCUGAGCCUCAAAGAACUGGAGAAUCUCCUCGCGAUUGCAGGUUAUUCUCCCGGCAUGAGGUGGUUUGCGGCGACAGAGCAGCUCACUCUGUCACCGUUUACAACCCUGUUGAAGGUUUAUGUUGAGGCACUCCAUGGCGUUUCGCUGGCACCAGUACGGCAGGUUCUCGACUUCGUAGCGGUGGAGCAGCAGGUUGUCCCCGCAAAGGAUAAGGGUCACCCUGGAAUCUCUGUUCUUCUUGAAACUCUUAAGGAGCUCACGGCGUCGUCUCCUUCGUCUCUUGCCGCCUUGUGGCCUUUCUUGGAUAAAUGCCUUACUCGCUGCACCACGGCGCCAGUCAAGUAUCUCGAGAUGCUGCAGGAUCUGGCCAAGGAUGCGGAGGACGAGGUACUUACUGUCAGCCCGUUGGUCGCUGCUAUCAUCGAGCAACUGCCUUUUGCUGCCAAGGCGACGGAUUCCAAGACUACACUCGAUGGACUUAGUCGUUUCCUGCCAAAGUUCCUCGGAUAUUCGGCAGCUGUUGGGGAGAGCAAGCCUUUGCUUGAGGCUGCGCUUGCGGUCAUGUCUGACUCAUUUACCAAAGGACUUGGGAAGUCAUUGGCUGUGCCCAAGAAGCAUCCAUUCAAGCAAACAAAGGGUGGAAAGUCGACCGAAGUCAAGCAGGACACGAACAACACAGCAGCGGAAGGGAAGAAACCGGAAUCUGGUGAUGACGUCGCCGCCUUGGACAGCGAACAGUUGGAGCGUGUUCUCGAUCUUCCAGACAGCCUGGCCACUGAUAACUCAGCACUCAUCAAGUGGCAAAACAAGUCCGUGGAUGAGCUUGUGGACGAAGGUCACGCCAUCUCCCUCAUUAGCCUGCUUGCCUCCGAGCACGCCAGUAUCAGGAAGGAGGCGCUCGUCAACAUUUUAAAGAUAGCUGCCAAAGUCCAGCAAUCCGAGUACGAGGAGAAAGAACAGAUCUGGUUGUUGCUCUCAGAGCUUGCGGAAACCGCCAGGGUGGCAGCCGUCAGCCAGGCCGUCAACGCAGUGGCGCCGCUCCCGAGCACCAUCAUUGCUUUCGCUUGCCACGCCGUCAACGUCUUGCGCGACCCGACACACAGCCUCUAUCCCAAGAUCAACUCCCUCCUUACAAGGGGGCCCUUUUGGAGCGUGGACAGAGUGCCGCUGGCGGAUGAGGUCUUGACCGAGGAACCCGCAGUUGGCGAUUCGUACUUUGCGCAGCUCAACUGGCUACUGGCAUAUCUGCUGGACGGCCUUAGGACGUCUAAGGACUUGGAGUUGUUCCACAAGAAGAGGGCAAAGGGCCCGCUGUUUGAGCGGUUGUUGGCGGUAGCAGGAAACCCAUACAUGAGAACGCCGCUGAGAAUGCAGGUCCUCAGGAUACUGUACCGGGCAACUAAAAUCGAGGGGGGUAGCACAACGCUCGUCACAAGGUUUGGCGUGGUCAGCUGGCUAGAGGAGCUGUUGAAGAUGAAGAAGGGCUUGUUGACGACGCAAACUCAAGGUGCAGCAGGCAACAUUGUCAGCUCUGAGGACGAGGUUGCGGUGUAUAAGGGCCUGCUGAAGAGGAUCUGGGAUACUUGUGAUAAGGGAAGGGUUAAGGGAUGGAGUAAAGGAGGUGUUGAGGGUGUGAUUGCCUAG